GCGCGAGCGGCUGCGGCGCCGCUGCGAGCCUCCCGCCCUCUCGACGCGGCCGGAGCCGGGCCCGAGUCCCCGGGAGAACAUUCCGUGGGAUAGAAAGGGAGGUGAUAAUGCACCAUGGCAGCGGCUCCCAGGGUGCCCAGCAUCAGCUGCAGAGGCCCCGGUCCUUCCCUGGCAGCGAAGAAGAGCAGGCGGCCCACCCGAACCUGCCCCCGUCCCCCGCCGCACCCUUUGCCCCAUCGGCGAGCCCAUCCGCACCCCAGUCCCCUGGGUACCAGAUACAGCAACUGAUGAGUAGGAGUCCCGUGGCUGGGCAGAACGUGAACAUCACCCUGCAGAACGUGGGUCCCGUCGUUGGAGGAAACCAGCAGAUCACGCUGGCCCCUCUGCCGCUUCCCAGCCCCACCUCUCCAGGCUUCCAGUUUGGUACCCAGCCGAGGCGCUUUGAUCACGGGUCUCCGUCGUACAUUCAGGUCACUUCUCCCCUGUCCCAGCAGGUGCAGACCCAGAGCCCCACGCAGCCCAGCCCGGGGCCGGGGCAAGCCCUGCAGAGUGUACGUGCGGGUGCCCCGGGGCCCGGGCUGGGCCUCUGCAGUGGCAGCCCCACGGCAGGCUUUGUGGAUGCCAGCGUGCUCGUCAGACAGAUCAGCCUGAGCCCAUCCAGUGCUGGGCACUUUGUGUUUCAGGAUGGCUCGGGGCUUGCCCAGAUCGCCCAGGGUGCCCAGGUGCAGCUCCAGCACGCGGGGACGCCCAUCGCAGUCCGGGAGAGGAGACUCUCCCAGCCUCACACUCAGUCGGGAGGCACCGUCCACCAUCUGGGGCCCCAGAGCCCUGCGGCUGCAGGGGGUGCUGGCCUGCAGUCGCUGGCAAGCCCAAGCCACAUCGCCACGGCGAGCUUGCCACCCCAGAUAAGCAGCAUCCUCCAGGGCCAGCUGAUCCAGCAGCAGCAGCAGCAGGUGCUGCAGGGGCCGCCGCUGAGCAGGCCCCUGGGGUUCGAGAGGACCCCCGGUGUGCUGCUCCCCGGGGUUGGGGGGGGACCAGCUUUUGGGAUGACCUCCCCACCGCCACCCACCAGCCCUUCCAGAACCUCUGUGCCCCCGGGCCUGUCCAGUCUGCCCCUCACAUCUGCGGGCAGUACAGGCAUGAAGAAGGCUCCAAAGAAGUUAGAGGAGAUCCCCCCAGCCUCGCAGGAGCUGGCACAGAUGCGGAAGCAGUGCCUGGACUACCACCACAAGGAGAUGGAGGCUCUGAGGGAGGCCUUCAAGGAGUACUUGAUUGAACUGUUCUUCUUACAACAUCUGCAAGGGAACAUGAUGGAUUUCCUAGCUUUCAAGAAGAAGCAUUAUGCCCCUUUACAAGCGUAUCUUAGGCAAAAUGAUUUGGACAUUGAAGAAGAGGAGGAGGAGGACGAAGAGGAGGAAGAGAAAUCUGAGGUUAUCAACGAUGAGCAGCAAGCGCUUGCGGGGAGUCUGGCAGGGCCCGGCAGUGCCGCAGAGACAGACCCGUUCAAGAGGCAGCAGGGGCUGCCACCCACAGAGCAGUCUAAGAGACCUCGACUUGAAGUGGGUCACCAAGGGGUAGUUUUCCAGCACCCAGGGGUGAGCACAGGAGUUCCUCUGCAGCAGUUAAUGCCAACAGUCCAAGGAGGAAUGCCCCCUGCCCCUCAGGCCACGCAACUCGCCGGGCAGAAGCAGAGCCAGCAGCAGUACGACCCUUCCACAGGGCCUCCUGUGCAGAACGCCGCCAGCUUGCACACUCCGCCUCCGCAGCUGCCUGCCAGGCUGCCCCCCACCGGUGUCCCCACUGCAGCCCUCCCGUCUGCACUGCAGUUUGCACAGCAGCCACAGGUGGUGGAGGCUCAGACACAGCUUCAAGUCCCGCUGAAGACCCAGCAGCCAAAUGCUGCUGUGCCCGCGCCUCUGCCCAGCCAGCUCCCCAUUCCUCCUCCACAGCCCGUGCAGCCAGCCCUCCACAUCCCGGGGCCUGGGAAGAUCCAGGCGGCUCAGCUUCCAUCCCAGCCACAGACAGUGGCCUCCACACGGCCACCCCUGGACUCUGCCCAGCCCUGCCAGCGGCCUCUGCCCACUUCCUCGUCUACCUCGUCCCUCGCACCUGUGAGUGGCCUAGGCUCAGGACCCCUGCCUGCACGGUCAUCACCAGUGAACAGACCUUCCUCAUCAACCAACAAGGCGCUGUCUCCUGUUGCUUCCCGGUCUCCAGGGGUGGCUGUGUCAGCCGCACCCAAACCCCAGAGCCCUGCUCAGAACGCUGCCUCGUCCCAAGACAGUUCUCAGGAAAAGCUCGCAGAGCAGAUAACACUG